AUGAGUGCCAUCAAUGAAUACUGGGGGUAUUAAUGGCAAUUUAUCAGAAGGAUUUUAUCUUAUUUAAUAGCUCUGGGAUUAUCGCCUUCGAAGCCAAGAAAUAAUCGCAUAAAAAGGAGAGAUUUCCAUGGAAUUCACCGGAGAAAUACUAAAUUCUGCUCCGUAUUAUCAAAAUAUUCGAAAACAUUCGACUCGCGCUGGUGAGAUUAUUUGCACUGGAGCAGGCUGUGUUGGAUGUUUUCCUGAGAAAAAUGGCGAUGAAAAUAUUGUAAAGAUUUUAGGAGAUGUGGACAGCGUUCAAUUCGAAGGAAAAACAGAAAUUCAAAAGAAAGAUGUUGUGGGAAAGCGACCCGCAACAGCGCCUGGUUGUCAUAACGACGAUCUUAGUUCAAGAAAUUGCGGAAGAAUUACGUCUARAUCAACAUCAAAAAGGARACCUUCAAAGAAAGUUACRAAAGAUUAUCAGAAAUCAAARMCCAAAAAUUUUCAAUGYAAAAACACUGAUAAAACAKCUACRCAAAGUUKUAAGAAAAGGAGUUCUAGAAYUAUCAAUARAGAACUAAAUACUUCCGCCACAAAAACCGCAAAUCUCGAAGUUCCUGGACAGCUUAGAAAAGUGACAUUUUCAAAAAGAAAAUCAYAUUACGAAGAACCAGAAACUGUUAGAAAACUGAAGGUUAUUGAUCAAAGGCGUAGCUUAUACAACGCUUUCCCUGGUAAAGUUACUGAACUUUCACUGAGCAGUAGUACUACCAUAUCACCAAAAACUUCGACGAAUUUUCUUGAAAUGCUAAAAUCAAGCGAAUCUGGAAUUUAUGACAUGAGGAUUCUCGAGCGAAAAGAGCAAUCAAUAUGGAUUAAAAAGAUAAAAGAACAAGGGGUUACAGACGAAGAAUUGCUGCCYAGAAUUCCUCGUUCACUGAGGGAGCGAUUGUGCGGGGACGGUUCUGAAAGAGAAAUGGUUGAUAAAAACAUUCAAACAGUUAAUUCAAAUUCGCGCGCGAAAAAUCAAUUGCUCCCCCAUCUUUCCYUGAAUAGCAGAAUAGAGACAAGAGGAGGCGAAUCAAUACUUAUUAUCGAGCAUGAACAUGACAAGAAGAAGAAAUCCGACACGACUCUCUACAGAYUGGGCUUUUCYUCAGAGYACCAAAGCCAGCGAGAAUUCCCAAAUGCUUCAGUUAUUGAAAUUGCAGAUAGUUUGGGAGAGUUUGUUGAUAUGGGUGCUAUCAAAGUCAUCCAGAGAAGAAACAAAAAGUGGCUUGUUUUAGUUGAAGGAAARAGUGUCAAAGAGUUUUUAGUAGAAAACGGUGUAGUUUUGAGUGGACGACAUUUCAAUCUUUUUGAAAUGAAAACAUUUUAGAAACUAAGGAAUGUGAAAACAUAUUUUUUUUUAUCUUAUCUGUUUGAUUAAUAAAAGGACUAAAAGUUGUUCAGA